AUGUUGCUGUGGUCGCACUGCUUGCUGAUGUUUUGAUUUUGUUUUUUAUUUCGCUUGGAAUCGGAUUUUAAAGAUUUUUAAUUUGUGUUAAGUGACAUUAGAUGCAACCAUUUAUUGUUAUUCGCAACUAUCGGGAAGACGACGAGCUCAAGUGCCAGGAGUUGGUGCGGGACUACAUUAUGUCAUUCUCCUCAAAAUCUUUCUUUGCCUUCUGCUUUCGGGAGAUAACACUACAAUUUAUAGUCAUCACUUGGGCAAUAUUCUUCAUUUUUCUGGGUGUGCCGCUUCUAUUCUGCGUCCUCACAAUACCCGGUUGCGUAUUCUUCCUCUUUACCAGCACCUACUUCUCCUUCUAUGCUAAGGCAGUGGAGCUAAUGAGGGUGAAACCCUCGCAAUCGCUAGUUGCUGAGUGCUAUGAACCAUUCAUAUUUCGCUGUGCUCCCAACGAGGCGAGCUAUCAGAUAUUCAUGGAUGAAGCGCCUUUUGAUGAGACGUAUAAGAACAAGUUUCGACGACGCAUUGUGGCAACGAUUAGCGUUAAGAAUCACCAUGCUGUCUACAAUGCCGCAUGGAUCUUUCGUUUCGCCAUUGCCAAGGACUAUCCGCAUCAGAAGAUAAUGGAGCCAAUGAUUAAUCAGAUUUCAAAUACAUGUGCAAAUGCCGGCUACGCCUCAUUGGAGUGCACCAUCUCCGAAUGGCAGGAGCAUGAACGGGACUUCUACGACGAUAUGGGAUUUGUGACGCGACAAAUCUAUCACAAGCAGAUCAUUGGCAGCAGCGUUACUGUGAUGAAGACGCAGCUAACCUUCAGCUUACGCACAGAUGACACGUUGCAAAAGCAAAACUAGUGCAAAACACUCAAGAGAGAAGCCAUCAAUAGAAUCUCCGAAUAACUGUGAAACAUAGCGCAAUAUAUAUUUAUAUACUCGAAAUGUUUGUAUUUCCUCUAUUAGUACAUUCCAGUCACGCAAAGCAGGCAAAUUUUUAUACUUGACACAGCAUAUAAGAUAUUCUAUAUAUUAUAGAUGUAUUUAUUGAAACACAUUUGUAGGAUAUUGCUUCGUUUUGUCCUGUUUUAUUAUAUCUUGUUUAUUCUUUGACAUAUUCUAUUUAAAUAAAUAAAAUAUAUAGUAAUAAAUUAAAAAGUUUGCAAGUGUUUAGCGUAAUGUUUUAUAAUGCCACACAUCUAAUUGUUGCUGUUGGUUUUUGAAUUUGUUUUUGUAGGUACAUUCAUUUCUCGUUCUUUGAUGCAUUUUAACUGGAUUAGCCGCUGUUUAUAAAAAGCUUUCAUGCAAUUCAGGACUUGCCUUGACUGCCAAAGUUUAACUUAUUGAAAUUUGUAUACAUUGUUUUGUAAUACCUCUGCAGAUCGCAUUUCACUUUCAAUACUUUCAAACGCAAAUAGUUUUCAGAUUGAUUUAAUUAGUGAAAUAUUAGUUCUUACUCUAGGAACAAUAUGAUAAGUGUGACGAUCUGCAAGAGUAUUCAAACUUCGUC